UUGGAGGUUAGAGUUUUGUGUUGAUCAAAUGUGCUCUUAAAUUGUAAAUUUGAUUUAUUUAUUAAAAUAAUAACUAAUUAUUUAAUAAAUUUCAUUAUUUUUAAUAAAAAUUAAAAUCCGUACCUGUACGAGAUGGCGAAUGAUUACGAUGAUGAUAGAGCGGGCUGGAGAGAUGACAUGCAUCGUGGAGAUGAUCCAGGCAGUGAAGAAGUACUCGAUAAUCCACAGGAAGUACUCCAGCAAUGUUUGGAUAAAUUUAAAACACCAGAUUACAUAAUGGAGCCGGGAAUAUUUACUCAGCUUAAAAGAUAUUUUCAAACUGGAGGAAAUCCUGAACAAGUCAUAGAAUUGUUGUCACAAAAUUACACAGCAUGCGCGCAAAUGGCGAAUCUGCUUGCCGAGUGGUUAAUUUUAGCAGGUGUCAAAGUGACAGAUGUCCAAGCGAUGGUAGAAAAUAAUUUAAAGGACAUGAUUCUGAAGACAUUCGAUCCUAAGAAAGCUGAUAAGAUUUUCACUGAAGAAGGAGAAACGCCUGCGUGGCUGACGGAAAUGAUACAGCAUCCGACAUGGAGGUCGUUGAUUUACCGUCUAGCUGAGGAAUAUCCUGACUGUCUUAUGCUGAAUUUUACCAUAAAGUUGAUAUCCGAUGCCGGUUUCCAAGGAGAAAUCACCAGUAUAUCAACGGCAGCUCAGCAGAUCGAAGUGUUCUCCCGUGUUCUGAAGACCGCGAUCGCUGGGUUCCUUCAAAACACCGAGAACUGGCAGAACAGUAUCCAAGAAUGCGCUAAAAUGGUUUGUCAUGGUCAGCAUACUUACGUGUACAGCCAAGUACUGCUACAAAUUUUAGCACAAGAGCCACGAGGUGGGUUCAUGAUGAAGAGACUGUCUCAAGAGAUCACCAAGUGCGCACAGCAGAACCGACAUGAUGUCACGCCGAUAACAAUGGCGUUGAAUGGUGCAGCUGGUAGUCCAGCAGCAUGUCAAGCAUUGACCUCAAUGCUGUCGAGAAAUACAUUAAAUCCUGCUGAUAUCUCUGUUCUGUACCGACAUUACUCAUCAGCAGAGCCACCGCCAAUUGAACUGGUAAGAAAUCCCCAGUUUCUUGAACUACUUGUUGAUGUUCUGUUCAAACCCAGUGUUAAAAUAAAUCCUGAGCAUAAGUCCAAGUACAUUUACUUACUUGCCUACGCGGCAAGUGUCUGCGAGACCUUACCCAAGAAAGGAAACGCGAGAAAAUUAAAUAAGGACGAGUUAAAAACGACGAUCCAAGCUAUUGAGAAGGUCCACAAUAUCUGUAAUAUCAACAAGGGAUCAACAGAGCUGGUUGCUGAGCUAAAUACUCUGUACCAAGCGAUACGUUUUCCCGUAGUCAGUGUCGGGAUCAUCAGAUGGGUAGAGUGUACUGUCACUGAGCCUUCGUACUUUAAACUGAGCACCGAGCACUGUCCAAUCCAUCUCGCGUUGCUGGAUGAAGUUGUCACUUGUCACCACUUACUCCACCCCAAGGUCCUGCAGCUGCUCGUCCAACUGUUUGAGAGCAAGCAAGAUGAGCUGGAGAUCUUGGUCCAGUUGGAGAUGAAGAAGAUGUUGAUCGAUAGGAUGGUCAAUUUACUGAGUCGCGGGUGCGUGGUACCGGUUGUCUGCUACAUAAAACAGUGCUGGCAGAAGGGUGAUACUGACAUCUCAUUAAUCCGGUACUUUGUUACCGAAGUACUUGAAGCUAUCGCUCCGCCCUACACUUUGGAGUUCGUCCAGUUAUUUUUGCCGAUGGUCGAGAAUGAGGAGAUAACUGGAACCAUGCGCGGGGAUGGUGACAACGAUCUUGUCUCGGAAUUUAUCGUUCACUGCAAAGCCCAUUGUCCGGUUGUAAGAUGACGAAUUUAGUAAUUUUAUUAAUUUAUUGUGGCCAAAAUUUAUUAAUUACCAUUGC